CUUCAAGUUUAGUGACAGACAAUGGAAUUCAAAAAGAUAGCUUGAAUAUUGGUUUUUACACGACUCAUAGAGAAUUUGAGUUACUUUGAAAGCUAUCGGUUCAGCAAAAAAUUACACUGCUACGUCACCGCUGUUUGAAACGGUGGUAAAAUGGCGCGUUCGAAGGCCCCUUCAAAGAAGCAGCAAAAGAAGGGCAUAGAUUUCAAAAAAAUUAAGAGAAAGCUUGGCCGGAAAUUGCCUCCACCGAAGAAUGCCACCAAUACCGAAAUUAAAUCCAAAGCAAUUGUACUUCCUGAGCAGAGUGUGGCAACAAACAAGGAAGGCUUAGCUGUGAGCAAGAAAGGAUUGACUUUGAAAGAACUACUUCAGCAAACAUCUCAUCAUAAUGCCAAAGUUCGAAGAGAUGCAUUAAUUGGCAUCAAGGAUUUAGUCAUUAAUCAUCCAGCAGAGCUGAGGCUGCACAGAUAUGCAGUUAUAGAGAAACUGCGGGAGCGCAUAAGUGAUGAUGAUAAAGUAGUUAGAGAAGCAUUAUAUCAACUGUUUAAGUCCGAAAUUUUCCCUGGUUGUGCUGAGGAUAAUGAAGGACUUUUCAUCUCCUUGUUGAUGACUUAUAUUUUCAAUGCAAUGACAAAUUUAGCUAUUGACAUCCGCUUGAUGGCUUUCAAAUUUUUUGAUCUUGUUGUGCAAUACCAUCCUCCUUGCUUUUCCUUAUACGCUGAAAAGAUUCUUCAGAGCUAUGAAGAUAUUUUAAGGAAAACCCAGUUUUAUUUGGAAGACAAGGGAAAGCUCAAAACUACUCUUUCGGGGUUAGUCCGCUGCUUGUCUCUGUUGCCAAGCAAAAAGCCAGAAGCUGAUAAGAGUAUUUCAGGAGACAGGAUAAUACAUGCUUUGAGCCUGAUGCGCCCACAGCAAAUACCAGUAUGGUUCUCUACCAUUAUAAAGAAGCUGAAGGAGCUUGUGCUAGUUCUAAUAAACUGUUUGCAAGAUUUUAUUCCUUUGCUUAAUUCUAUGCCACAACUGGAUGUGCUAUCAUUUGAUUGUAUAUUAUCUAUGCUUCAAAGCAUAGAUAUUGCUGUAAGAUUUUUUAUUUAUGGAAUUCAUGAAGAAACACCUGAAUCAAUAUGUGAUCAAAGUCUCUCAUCAGCCUUGUCAAAGAAGUUAUUGGGGGUGUUUCCCCUCUAUCCAAAGCAUCAUCUUUCUUUAAAGGAGCAUGAUAGAUAUUUUAUCCUGAACGUUGUCAUAACAGAGAUAUUUUUGCACCUCCGGGAAUGGGUUUGCCCUUCUGCAAAUAUGUUUGAGAAAUUUCUGGAGUUCAUCGAAAAUGCACUGCUCGGCACGAUCUGUAGUAGCACACGUUCUGGUAAAGCAACAUGGGAAAAGCAUAUACCUUCAUUGCUACCUUUCAUUCCCAAACUUGCCUCGGAAGUGGGAACUGGUUGGCAGUCACGCAUUCUCGAGUCAUUUACACGGACGUUCAAGGGUUGCAAUCCAGAUUCUUCACUUAAACUGGCUUGCCUGUCCAUGAUUGAAGAAAUGCUAAUUCCUAGAGGAGAUAUGCACUAUACUGAAGCAAGUGAAACUGUGUUAUUAGACUAUCAGACUCUCUGGAUAAGAGAGCUGCCCCUGUUGCUAAACCUUCUUGGUGAUAAACAACCAUCCUCUUCCCAGGUUGUCUUGUGCCUCCUCCUUCGUCUGGGGCAGUUUUCUGGUUCAAACACUUUUCUGUUUUGGGAAUAUGAAAAUACUCAAUUUGCACUCAGUGAGUUUUUCAGUACAUGUCAAGAAGGAAACGUAUACUACGGUCCUUUCAUGAGACUUCCUAGGGAUUGCCAGGAGUUGUCUAUCUGUUGCCUUUAUUAUUUCUCCAACGUGAAUGUACUUUUGCUGAAAUCAAUAGCUUUUUGUUGCCUGUGUUCUGAAUUGGAGCCCUUUUUAACUUUCCUUAUUAUAGAGGUUCUGCAUGCUGCCUACAAAGCUGGACACAUCCAAAUUGCUGACCACAUCAGCUUCUUCAUGACUUUACUAUCUCGUUUCAAAAAUUUCCCGGAAAACAUAUAUCCUGUUAGAGGAAGUGAUGGGAAGGUUUCAAAUCAUGGAGCUUUUAAGUCUCUCACCAGCAUGCUUUGCUCUUACUUGUCACAGAUCGGUGAUAGUUCUGUUGUUUUCCAAAUACUAGAGAAAGCAAUCCUUGACUUGAUACUGUUACAACCACCUCUUGAAAAUGCUUGUGCAAUGUUGAGAGUGCUCAUCGUGCUGGACUCUAAACCCACUCAACUUUCUGAACAAAGUAUAAUUGCUCUAAGCAAUUUCCUUCCAGGAUAUCUUAUGGAUGUUGUGCAUUGUAUUCCAGAAGAUGAUGUUCAAGCAUGGCGAUAUUACGUUCUACCAUGCUUUUUCAUGUUUGAUAGGAGUAACAAACUUCUGAAGCUUGUCUUGGAUGUGAUUGGUUCAUUUUUUACUGACAGUAAUUUGCCGCUUUCUACGAGAUAUGCCACUGACAGUCACAGUCAGAUAAAUGCAACGAUUUCUUUACUUCUAUUAAUGUACAAGGACGUUAAAGUUCAGAAAAUUAUUUCUUCAUUCAGAACAGAGAUCGGCUCAAUUUUGCAAAGCAUAGCUUCUUUUCAGUCUUCGGAAGUUGAGAUGACCCUUGAAGAAAGGCACAAAUUGCAAUGUUUAUUUGAACAAUUAAAGGUGGUCACAAGUGCAUUACCAGCUGGCUGAUGAUCCAAUUGUUGUUGCCCACUACAUGAGGGUCGGAUGCUGGACUAUAGAAGAAAAAUGAAGUCAGAUAAAAUGGGUUCUAACAAAAAAUUAGUUGGAUGAUCCAUUUUAUAUUCAUGGUGUCCAUCCAUGUUUGACAUGGAGGAAUUUACAUUACAUAUGAUGGGAAGCAUAGAGGAGACGGUAUUAAGAAAGCUAAGAUUACUGCUAAAGAUUGUUGUCUGAACUGCAGUUAUUUGAAGUUCAUAUUAAUGGCGGUUUCUUCGGGUUCGGUUUCUUCUAGGGGAAAACCGCAGUGGCCUCGCACGGACCCUUUCUCUAAUUUUGCCCAUCGUUUGGUUGUUUGUAAAUUGUAUUGGUGUUUCAGAGGGAAAAGGGGAUGGGAGAAUUUGUUCAUUACA